UUUGCGGUUGUUUAGUUUAGUAUUUUACUUUAAAAAUACUUUUGAAUAAAACAGGAAAGCAAGCAAUACUAUGGACGAAUUAAAAACGUCUAUCGAGCAAUACAGAGGGCAACUGUCCAUGGUUAGUGAAGCGUUAUCAACAGUACAAGAUGACGACCAGCGUGAAUCUCUGUUAGCUUUACAAUCUGAGUUGCUAGAGCUCAUCCAACUUACUCAAGAGAACUUGGAUGCCUUAACAGUGACUGAAGAAACCUCAAAUAGUACAGAAAAUUCCCAAAUCAACUGUACUAACAAUGAAAAAAGUGUGUUAGAUGAUGAGUAUGCCUUAUUCAUGCAAGAAAUGGCCAAGAGUGGUGCUUAUGAAGAAGAUAAAAAAGAAUCCUCAAAAGACAAAGCUGAGACAGAAAAUGAUGGUGAUAGUGACAUCGAGAACGAGUUAAGUACCCUAUUGGGCAUGAAAUGUGCUGUGUAUCACACACAUAAAUGGGGUGGUCAGCCUACACUUCAUAAUGCAAUGGUGAGCGAGCUGGUACCCCAUCACGAUGACGACAAGUUUAAAGAUCUACAGGUACGAGUGCUGUUUACACAUCCAACUCAUGCAGAAAUGCUGCCUUGUCCAUUUUACCUCGAAGGAAAAUGCAGAUUUGAAGAUGAAAAAUGUAGAUAUUCACAUGGAAAUGUAGUGCCAUUAUCCGAUUUGAAAGAUGCUAUUGAUCCAAAUUUCGAAUCAAUAAAAAUUGGUAGUACAAUAUUGUUGAAGCUGAAACCACCAGAUGGGGAGGAUACAAGUUUAACUAAGACAACAUCAGAAAAAUAUCAUUUAUGGCACAGAGCUGUCGUAAAGAGUGUAGAUUUAGAUAGUAAAACUUGUCUAGCUAAAUUGGAACAUGGCGUGAGAACAGGAGAAAAGCGAAAGUCGGCUACUGAAGAAAUACAUGUUAAAUUUGAGGAGAUCUUCCCACUGAACGCUGACGAUGACGACUCCAGUGAUACGGAUGACAGCAUUAGUGACACUGAAUAUCCAGAAAGUAAAACUAUGCGAUCUGAUAUAGAGAAUGAAGGUCGAGAUCUUCUUAUAGAAAAGAGUUUACUUAGUAACAUUCCAGCGAUGGGAGAAUGGGAAAGACACACGAGAGGUAUCGGGUCUAAGUUGAUGUUGGCAAUGGGUUACGUGCCGGGCGGCGGUUUGGGCGCGGCGGGCGAGGGCCGCGUGUUGCCCGUAGAGGCGCACGUGUCCACCGCCCGCAGUCUGGACGCGUGCAUGGAUAUUAGCGAGAAACGUGCGGCACAGGAUCCGCUAAAGGUUGAACAGAAACUGAAGAGGUUACAAAAGAAAGAAGAGGAAAGAAACAAAAGGGCGUACGAAAGGGAGAAGGAGAGGGAGAGAAGAAAUGUUUUUAACUUCUUAAAUAGAACACUAGGGGAUGCUAACGAGGAACAAGAAGGAACCGCUUCGUCGAUAUCUUUAAAGCAAUCAUCCAGCAAAGAUUUAAAUAUAGAGCAGUUUAAAAUAGCAGAAGACGUGAAGAGAAUAGAAAGAGAAAUAAUUAAACUAAAUAGCUCAUUAUCUAAAUAUACCUCAGGGUCGGAAGGCCAUAGAAGUAUUAGUAUGCAAAUUGUAGAAAAAAACAAAGAACUUGGGGCUCUUAGAAAUAAGGAAAAGCAAAUAAGUAAGGAGCAGAGUAACAGAAAGGAUAAACAGAAAUUGACCAUAUUCUAACUUCGCUUCAAAUAGGAUUAAUCACUUUUUGUUUCAUUAUGAAAUCAAUAUAUUAUUUAAAUAAAUA